AAUGCCUAGACAUUCUUCCAGCUCAAGUAGAAGCCAUAGAAGUAAAUGCAUUUAAAUUGAAUUUGUAUUAGAAAAGCAUAGUAAAAAACACAGAAGACAGUCAAGUUCUUCUUCUUCAUCGUCCAAUUCAUCUUCAGAACGCCAUCAUUCAAAGAGAAAAAGAGUCCAUCAUCCUCAUCGUUCAAGAUCACCUCGCCCACGUUCAUCGAGUCCUAUUAAGAAGGUGUUUAUAAAUGUAUAAAUUCAAAUUCUAUAGAAGAAACCCAUUUAAUCCAUUUCAAGCGUAGAGACAAUCAAAGAAUUUAGGGCCUAACAUAAUAUUUUCAUUCGAUCUCAACAUGUAAAUGUCCCAGAUCCUAUCAUGAGAUUUGAGGAUGUUUCAUGUUUCCCACAAAUGUUAAUGGACUUACUGAUCAAGGCCGGUUUCAAAGGACCCACUGCCAUUUAAGCCCAAGGAUGGUCCAUUGCACUAAGUGGACAUGACCUUAUUGGAAUAGCGCAGACGGGUUCUGGCAAAACACUUGCCUUCCUUUUACCAGCGAUUGUCCACAUUUUGGCAUAAGCUAGAUCCCAUGAUCCCAAAUGCUUGAUUUUGGCUCCGACAAGAGAAUUGACAUUGCAAAUAUAUGAUCAAUUUUAAAAGUUCUCUGUGGGAUCUUAGCUAUUUGCAGCAUGCCUUUAUGGAGGACAAGAUCGUUAUAUUCAGAAAAGUCAAUUACGCAAAGGCCCUUAAGUUUUAAUUGCUUGUCCAGGUCGUUUGAUUGAUCUAUUGGAUUAGGGUUGUACCACCCUCAAAUAGGUUAGCUUCCUCGUACUUGAUGAAGCUGAUCGUAUGCUCGACAUGGGUUUCGAGCCAUAGAUUAGAAAGAUUGUUGAUCAGAUUCGUCCCCAAAGAUAAACUAUGCUUUUUUCUGCAACCUGGCCAAAGGAAGUGCAAAAGUUAGCACUUGACUUUUGUAAAUAAGAGCCAGUUCACAUUUAAAUAGGAAAUGUAGAACUAACAUCUAACAAGAUGAUUAAGCAAAUAGUCUACGUGAUGAAAGCAAUAGAGAAAAAUUAAAGGUAUAAUCAAAUUAUUGAUGGUGCAAAAAUAUUUAUACAAGAUCAUCAAUAUCUUUGUUAUUUCAUAAUAUAUUAAGGUUGCUCUAUUUGUUAAAGGACAUUGCACAUAAAAAAAUAUUAAUCUUUUGUUCCACCAAGAAAGGAUGUGACUAGCUUCAAAAAACUUUAGAUAGAGAAGGAGUUCGAUGUCUCGCAUUACAUGGAGAUAAGAAACAGACUGUAAAUUUAUUAUAUUAUUUUUUAGGAGAGAGAUUAUGUUAUGAGUCAUUUCAGAAAUGGAAGAUCCACAGCUCUUAUAGCAACAGAUGUAGCAUCAAGAGGAUUAGAUAUAAAAGAUAUAGAAGUUGUUGUGAAUUAUGACAUGCCAAAAGUAAUUGAGGAUUAUGUACACAGAAUUGGAAGAACUGGUAUUUUCUUUUAAUCUAUUAUUAUUAGGUCGGGCUGGAGCUAUUGGCUAAUCAAUUUCUUUCUUUGCUUCAGAUGAAGAUGUCAGAAUGGCUAAAGAUUUAGUUGAAAUACUUAAAGAAUCUUAAAAUGAAAUCCCUUAUGAUUUAAGAAGUCUGAUUGAUCAAAAUAGCAAAGGAAAUAAUUAUAAUCCUUAUAGAAGAUGGAAUAAUUAAGGAUAGAGACAUAUUCAAUAACCUUUCAUUUAACAUUAACAUUAACAUCAACAUUCAAAUUAAAAUUAACAUCAACAUUAAAAUCAACCAUCUCAGUAUCCUUCAUCAUGGUAAUUUUAAACAUUCAAUCCCCAAAUACUUUAGUCAAUAAAUCCAUAUCAAAUUUGA